AUGCAAAGACGGUUUGACGUGGAUUCCGCAUCAUAUGCAAUAAAAGAAGCCGAAGAUUCUAUUCACGAUUCAAACACUGACGACGAUGAUAACAAUGAAAGCAACGAGAAUGAAGACAAUGGUGAUUUGAACGGGAUCUCGUUCGAAGCAAUAAACAGAGAAACAGUUGAUGAGCUUAUUAGUAAUACAAUGGCAGGAUUUCACCCAGAUCAACCUACAUAUCGGAUACAAAAAAAACUUAAAAAGAUAAGACGGAUAUUUCCAGUCAUCAAGAAGUAUGGACUUUUGCCUCCACAGUUUAAUGCACUAUUUGAGGUUAUUAUGAGCAAAAAAUUACCAAUCGGCACGAGCAAAAGAUUAGUUCAUUAUUUAUUACCUAGGGGCGACAUUACUGAUGAAUAUAUUGUUCGUAUUAUUGCCAGCAUAUCACACAAGGAAAAAAUUCUGGAUUUGGCCGCCGAACUGUUGAAAUGGACAAUAUCUGUUUAUGAUAUCAUCGCCAUUAAGGAGAAACUUAGAAGAUUAUACCAUGUCUUAUUUCAUUUUCUAAGCUACGAGACAAUAAGGCCGUAUGCCUGUCAUUUAUUGUACUAUUUAACGAGACGGGAACAUGUAACACCAUUCAGAGUUAUGCGAUUAAAGGAACUCAUAGAAGAUGUGAAGGAUAAUCGUGAACUGAUCGGCCUGAUGGUGGUGUACCAAACCUAUGACUUAAAGAUUGAUGUUCCUCAUAAUGUCCGGCUUGCGAAUCGCUUCGUCUUCCAAAACCCUUUUCCCGAAAUAAAAAAUGACAUAACCAGCAUCAGACAGAUUUGGGAUAAUGAAUACACAAUGUCUCCGGAGACUGAGAAACCAGUAUUUAGACUGCCUGCUCACAAAAAGCCCAAGUAUAAGAAAUCGAGUGAAAAAAUUGCUCCAGAGUAUCAGAAAACAACUCCUCUAGAAUUGGAUAUAAUCGAUGUAACACAUAUUGUGAACCACAUAGAAAAUCUUGAGCUUUCUGAACAGUUGAGCGCAGUAUUAGAUAAUCGGAAGAUGCAGCAUAUUCUUGUUAGUAAACCAGAUGGUACGGCAUUGAAUCGACUCGGUUUUUGGAUCACGCAAAAGAUAAUGGAUUUGCUCCGCUGGGGCAACAAACGAGAUGUUGGGAAGCAUGAACUACGCGAAAUGUUAAAAAAGUUUGUUAAAGUCACACGGUUCGCAAAGAGCCAACUUCCUUGCAUAGAGCAAUUUCUGUUUGCAUACAUUCCGAUAUGGAAUGGAUUUGAUUUUGACACAGAAAUAUUUGAAUUGAUAACCUUUAUAAAGCCUCGAGAUUACAAAGAACUAUAUGAUCAUAUUUUGAAACCAUUAUCUGAACUGUUCAUAAUAUCUGAUACCAAAUGGAAAUCAAGGCUAAUACUUUGCUAUACGGAUUGGCUGGCAAAUUGGGGGCUCUUAGAUUGGCGUCGCCAUUUUCAACUUAGAAGAGAUACUGAUGCAGAUAUGGAAUUCAUUACAUAUGCUUUCGCUGGUUUGACGUUUAACACUAACUAUUUUCAUACCAUUGAACAAAUGGUACAGUAUGUUGGUCAGUUGAGCGUAACAGGCUUCUUAUUAGAAAAUGACCAUCCGUUGAUACAACACGCAGGAUUAAGUUUUUUUGAGCUUGCUGCAACCCUUUCUUUACAAGAUAAUAUACCAGAUAUCAUCAUCCCUGAAGCAGCUUUCAUUCAGCGUACUCUAUAUUCUGUGUCGGCGAUGCCAAUCAGCCGCUUAUGUGGUAUUAUUUAUACCUACAAACUUGCGUUCGAAGAGAACGAGAACAAAACAGAAGAGUGGAUGUCGCAGCAUACACCAAAGUAUUUACAGCACUUUAACGAGUAUGUAACUGAUAUAUGCAACUCGCUAUGGAGAAACAAGUUCUUAGAUGAUUCUUGGCAAGAGAAAGUAACAACCUCUUUGAGCAGAGGAGUCCUUGCUUUUUUCCAUGAUCUUUGUCAAGAAAGAGCAGUAGAAGCUAAUUAUACCUCAUCACUCACACAUUCUCCAGCAUUGGUUGGGUUUGCGAAAAAGUUUAUGGAGAGUCUCGAGAAUGAAGCUCAAACGCUUAUAAAGCAUUCUCAGCCUGUUACAGCUCAAUAUUUGACCCGGUUAAAAGAGGCUGGUGGCGUCCAAUGGAAUUAUUUGAAAUAUCGUAUAGAAUAUCUAGAAUAUCUGAGCAAUUUGGGAUUAACGGGCAUUCAUAUGUUUUUAUUUGGGACUAUGGGUUCAUUGAAAAAGCACAAGAGAAAGCUUUCGACAACUCCAUCUAUCUCGCAACUGGAAUAA